CGGUGGGUCUUUAUCUUAGAACAGGAUAAGAUUCAAACAGCCGAGCACACAAGUGGCGCCAAUAAUCCUUACCUUUUCCCCAAAUCCGUCAGAGGAGUCCCGUUCAGAACCCUAAUUUCAACCGCCACAGCCACAAGUUCAAAACCCAUCCCCUUCCUUUACCAACCCUUCGUUAUCUGAUACUACUGUCAUGUUGAUUGUUGAUGCAUAUCUUCAUCUUAUCCGCAAUUAAAAUCUCUUCUUUAUAUCUUCUGCAAUCAUCUUCCCAAUAUAGAAUUGAAUAAUAUGAAUACACACUUGAAUCAACAGAUGACACGUUGUACCUCGUCGUGACCGCCACUCUACUUUUAUCUUCAUCAUCCUAUCGUCCUCUUACCGACGUUUAUGGCCACGACUUCUGAAAGCUGGUUAGAGAGUCAUUUUUCAUUCCAGGAGUCCGGAGAUCUCAUCAAUUCUUCAGCUCUUUUUUUGAUGGAUCAUAUAAGUAAUGAGGCCAAUGUUGAUGCGUUCUCAAUCGGACCUUCAACAACCCUUGGCCGGACUAUUGCUUUCAAAGUUCUAUUCUUCAAGUCAAUCUCACACUUGAGGCAUCAUCUCUCUCACCUGCUUCUUCAUUACUUUCGUUGCAUCAGGGCAUAUGCUUCUUCCACCGUUAUCCCUGUGAUCUCAUGGUUUCAUCCACGCAACCCGCAAGGGAUACUACUGAUGGUAACACUAAUGGCAUUCUUACUUAAACGGUGCGCUAAUGUCAAAACAAGGGCUGAGAUUGCAUACAGGAGGAAAUUCUGGAGGAACAUGAUGAGGGCUGCAGUAACAUAUGAAGAAUGGGCUCAUGCUGCUAAGAUGCUGGAUAAAGAAACUCCUAGAACAAACGAAUGCAAUCUUUAUGACGAAGAACUUGUGAGGAACAAACUUCAAGAACUCAAGCACCGUCGUGAAGAAGGUUGUCUUAGAGAUAUUGUAUUUUACAUGCGAGCUGACCUUGUCAGAAAUCUUGGUAACAUGUGCAAUCCAGAGCUUCACAAGUGUAGACAUCAAGUUCCAAAGCUUAUAAAAGAAUACAUCGAUGAAGUCUCGACACAAUUGAGAAUGGUUUGUGAUUCUGAUUGUGAGGAGAUUCUUUUGGAGGAGAAACUUGCUUUCAUGCAUGAAACACGUCAUGCUUUUGGAAGAACAGCUUUGCUUCUAAGUGGAGGUGCUUCUCUUGGAGCUUUUCAUGUUGGUGUAGUGAAAACAUUAGUAGAACACAAGCUUUUACCCAGAAUAAUUGCAGGGUCUAGCGUUGGAUCCCUUAUAUGUGCUGUUGUUGCCACCAGGUCAUGGCCAGAGCUUCAGAGUUUCUUUGAAGAUUCACUGCAUUCGUUGCAGUUUUUGGACCAAAUGGGUGGAAUUUUUAAUAUUUUUAAAAGGGUUAUGACAUUGGGAGCAGUUCAUGACAUUAGACGAUUACAAGUUCUGUUAAGAAACUUGACAAAUAAUCUUACAUUUCAAGAAGCUUAUGACAUGACAGGUCGUGUUCUUGGAAUAACAGUAUGUUCUCCAAGAAAACAUGAACCUCCAAGAUGUCUUAACUACCUGACUUCACCUCAUGUAGUUAUAUGGAGUGCAGUUACUGCGUCUUGUGCUUUUCCUGGUCUCUUUGAAGCUCAAGAACUCAUGGCAAAAGAUAGAAGUGGAGAAAUUGUUCCUUAUCACCCCCCAUUUCAUUGGGGCCCUGAAGAAGCUAAUGGCAGUACUACUCGCAGAUGGAGAGAUGGUAGCUUGGAGAUGGAUUUACCCAUGAUCCAGUUAAAAGAACUCUUCAAUGUAAAUCAUUUCAUUGUUAGUCAAGCGAAUCCUCAUAUUUCUCCCCUAUUGAGACUGAAAGAAUGUGUGCGAGCUUAUGGAGGCAACUUUGCUGCAAAGCUUGCUCAUCUAGUCGAAAUGGAGGUGAAAUACAGAUGCAACCAAGUCUUGGAACUUGGUUUCCCCUUAGGAGGACUUGCAAAGCUAUUUGCUCAAGAAUGGGAGGGUGACGUCACCAUUGUUAUGCCUGCCACCUUAGCUCAGUACUCAAAGAUCAUACAAAACCUUUCUCACUUGGAGCUUCAGAAAGCUGCAAACCAAGGAAGAAGAUGCACAUGGGAGAAGCUUUCAGCCAUUAAAGCCAAUUGUGGUAUCGAGCUUGUUCUUGAUGAAUGUGUUGCAAUUCUAAACCACAUGCGUAGACUUAAAAGAAGCGCAGAAAGAGCAGCUUCAGCUUCAGCUUCUCAUCCCCGGUUUAAUGCAUCAAAAAGAAUCCCUUCAUGGAGUUGCAUGGCACGUGAGAACUCAACAGGGUCACUAGAAGACCUUGCAGACAUUGUUUCCCCUCUCCCCCAUGGUGGCAGGAACUGGCGGCACCAUGACGGAAGUGACAGCGAAUCAGAGACUGCAGAGUUGAAUACUUGGACAAGAUCCGGUGGACCCUUGAUGAGGACUGCUUCAGCUGAUCAGUUUGUUGAUUUUGUCCAGAACUUGGAUUUUGAUUCCAGAGUGAAGAACUUGAGGGUGAUUCCACCGGAAUUGGAAUCGGAUCAGAGGGAUUUGAAUAACAGAGUUCAUAGAAGCAUCAUGGUGGCUGAAGGUGAUCUUUUGCAGCCGGAGAUGAUGUGUAAUGGGAUUGUGUUUAAUGUUGUGAAGAAAGGGGAGUUGACACCAUCGAAUAGGAGUCAUCAUGAUUCUGAAAAUAACAACUUACUGUCUGACUCGGUUGCUGAGUGUGUGCAAAUGCAACCUGAUUCUCCAGAGAAGGACAUGAUCGAUGGUAGCUCUGCUUCUGAAUGUGGUGAUACUGAAUCUGAUAUCUGUAAUGAGCCUGUUAAAGACUGUCAACGCUUGUAGUUUUAUUAAAUUUAGUGACUAUGCU